GCGGCCUCACACCCCAGCUGUCAGGGUCAGGACACCCAGUCAGCCCGCACUUGCUCUCUCUGUUCUUCAGACGGCGCCAUGGGGCUCAGCGAUGCAGAGUGGCAGUUGGUGCUGAACGUCUGGGGGAAGGUGGAGGCUGACGUCCCGGGCCAUGGGCAGGAGGUCCUCAUCAGGCUCUUCACGGGCCACCCCGAGACCCUGGAGAAGUUCGACAAGUUCAAGCAUCUGAAGACAGAGGCAGAGAUGAAGGCCUCCGAGGACCUGAAGAAGCACGGCAACACCGUGCUCACCGCCCUGGGGGGCAUCCUCAAGAAGAAGGGGCAUCACGAGGCGGAGCUGAAGCCCCUGGCCCACUCGCACGCCACCAAGCACAAGAUCCCCAUCAAGUACCUGGAGUUCAUCUCGGACGCCAUCAUCCACGUUCUGCAGAGCAAGCACCCUGGGGACUUUGGUGCCGACGCCCAGGGAGCCAUGAAGAAGGCCCUGGAGCUGUUCCGGAACGACAUCGCGGCCCAGUACAAGGAGCUGGGAUUCCAGGGCUAAGCGCCCCACAACCUCCACCCCCACCCACCUGGGCCCAGGACGCGGGGGAGGCUGGGGACUGAAUCUUAUGUAGCCAUGUAGAGUUUGCUUGAGUGUCUGCUUUGUUCAUGAGAGGUGGGUAGGAGAGGCGGAGGGGCUGAGGGGGCAGGAUGUUCAAGACGGCUUCACACGCCUGGGGACCAGGCUCCCCGUGAGGGUCAUCCCCUUGGGAAACAGGAGAAGCGUGAUCCUAUGCUCACAGUGGCCUGCAGAGUUUGGGUCAUACUUAAUUCUCCUCUGUCCUAAAUGCCAACCAAAUUCCUUCCAACCUCCAAACUGACCCACACCUGCACCCUCACCUUUAACCCCAAAUCUAAACCGUAAAGUAAGCCCCAGCCACAAUAAUUCUCGGACGCAUCACCCUGCCCCUUGGAGACAGCAGAAUGUCCCUUUGCAAUGAGAAGGAGGUCUGGAUGGGGGAGGACAGCCAGACCCAGACCAAGGGAGGUGUCGGGCGUCUGGAACAUAAGUGUGCCCUCUUGGGUAGUGGAGUGACUCACCUGGUUUUAAUAAAGACCCUGCAACAUCGCA